UGCACUGUAGUCCGUCGUAUGAGUGCCGGAUAGUGUUAACAAUUUUCUCGAACUCCAUAGUGUGGAAUAAUUUUCCAUAAUAUUCUCCUGCCCACGCUGUCAAAAGCUUUAUCAUACUCCUCCUCCCAAAUCUCCUUGAAUAGAAGGUGAAACAUGGUUGUAGUUACUUCAAUGUCUGACUUCAGUGCUGCAGCUGGUAUAUCGUCAGGUCCUGCUGCUUUCCCACUCCUGAUUUGUCUGAUGGACAUCCUGAUUUCUUCGAUCGUUGAUGGAGUGACAUCAAUAGGAAUAUCUGUAUGUGUUGCUUCAAUGACCGGUGGAUUCAAUGGAGCUGGUCUAUUCAACAGUUCCUCGAGGUAUUUUACCCAUCUGUUCCUCUGUUCUCGAGUCUCCAUGAUUAGCUUGCCCUCUUGCCCCUGACCGAUCUCUCUGGUUUUCUAUAUUUCGUUGCGUCACAUUUCCUUUUCUUGUAGCUCUUUCUGCUGUAGUUGCUAGUUCCUCCACGUAUUUCUGCUUGUCGGCUUUACUGCUAUUUUUCAUGUGCUUGUUUGCUUCUGUGUACUCAGCCUUUGCCUUGAAUAUCUCUGCUCGUGUUCGGCUGUUGU